AUGGAAGCAAGCGUUGAAUUAUUUACAAGCGUCGGUCUAAGCAAACUAAAGGCUGAAGAAACGUUAAAAAAUAAAGCUAUUGCAGCGCGACUAGCUAUUAUAAUACACGAGGCGAGAAGUCUAUCUGAUGUUGAAAUUGAUAGUGGUGUUGGAAACCUUCUGUAUCAAAUCGCUACCGAACUUCGUAAUCAAUCGAAGACCUCUUACUUACUGCAAUAUGUCUGCCGCAAAGAAAUAAAUAAUAAAUCACAACUGUCAGCUGCUAUGGCAUACUUCGUCGAUAAUCCUACUAGCCCGAUUGAUGACGUAAAAUUUAAAGCAGCUUGUGGAAUUGGAAUCACCGUUACCCCUGAGGAAACCAAAGCUGUGGUAUCACAAAUUAUAAAUAAACAUAAGAAUGAUAUAUUAAGCUGCCGAUACAAAUUUAAUUUUGGUACUCUUAUUUUUGAAGCCAGGGACAAGCUUAAGUGGGCAGACGGAAGGAGUGUUAAAUCGGAAAUCGACUCUCAGGUACAUGCACUCCUUGGUCCUAAAACUGCUGAAGAUAAAUCAAGUGUUAAGGUAAUUAUGACGCUUUCUUGUAAAAUUCUUAAGUUAACUUUCAGUAACAGCUUGAGUUGUGAAUAUUUAAUUCUUAAUUUUCAUAAGCCAGGUGAAAAUUAUAAAACCGAUGGUUACGUAGUAACGAAUAAAACGAUGGAUAUCUUACAGCAUCACCUUAAUUAUACAGGUGGCCAGGUACGGACCAGAUUUCCUCCCGAACCCAAUGGCAUAUUGCAUAUAGGACAUGCAAAAGCGAUCAAUUUUAAUUUCUGUUAUGCAAAGGCAAACAAUGGUAUUUGCUUCUUAAGAUAUGAUGAUACUAAUCCGGAAGUUGAAGAAGAAGAGUACUUUGUUGGAAUACUGGAAGCCGUGCGUUGGCUCGGUUACGAACCUUACAAAGUUACACACUCCUCCGACUACUUCGAAGAGUUAUAUCAUUAUGCUAUCGAAUUGAUAAAUAGGGACUUGGCUUAUGUAUGUCAUCAAUCAGUAGACGAUAUAAAAGGAUAUAGCCCAUUGCCUAGUCCUUGGAGGGAUCGUCCAAUUGAGGAAUCACUAAUACUGUUUGAGGACAUGAAAAAUGGAAAAAUUGAUGAGGGAAAGGCUACUCUAAGAAUGAAAAUGACUCUAGAAGAUGGUAAAGCAGAUCCUGUUGCUUAUCGAAUUAAAUUCACUCAUCAUGCUAGAUCAGGAAAUAAAUGGUGCAUUUAUCCUACAUACGACUAUACGCAUUGCCUUUGUGACUCAUUGGAACAUAUCACUCAUUCUUUGUGCACUAAAGAAUUUCAAUCUAGGAGAUCUUCCUACUAUUGGUUAUGCAAUGCAGUAGAUGUUUAUUGUCCGGUCCAGUGGGAAUACGGAAGGUUAAACUUACCGUAUACAGUCGUAUCAAAACGCAAGAUUGUACAACUGAUUAAACAUGGAAUUGUAAAGAGCUGGGAUGAUCCACGCCUAUUUACCCUUUCGGCUCUCAGAAGACGCGGAUUUCCUCCAGCAGCCAUCAAUCGAUUUUGUGCUAAAGUAGGAGUAACUAUGGCUCAGGUAACGAUCGAUACUCAGUUGCUAGAAUCAUGUGUCCGAGAGGAAUUAAAUUUAACAGCUCCAAGAAUUAUGGCUGUAUUGGACCCACUCAAGGUUUCAAUAGUUAACUUUCCCGAACCUAAGAACUUGAUAUUAUCAGUUCCGGACUUUCCUCAAGAUUCCAGUAAGGGCAACCAUAAUAUUGUGUUUAGUAAUGUGAUAUACAUUGAGCGGGGUGACUUCAAAAAGACGGCUGGAGAGAACUUCCAUCGUUUAACUGAAAAUCAGUACGUAGGCUUAAGACACACCGGCUACGCAAUUAUGGUUCAAGAUAUUGUUAUGAACGAUAAAAAUAAUAUUGAAGAGUUACUGGUCGUUGCAAAACCGAUAUCUGACAUUCGUAAACCGAAAGCGUUCAUUCAUUGGGUAUCAGAACCGCUCACAUGCGAAGUUAGAAUCUAUGAGCGACUGUUCAAACAUGCGAACCCAGCAGAGGUGCCUGGUGGCUUCUUGAACGAUAUUAACGAGAAUUCCCUGCAUGUUUUCGGGAACGCGUUAAUAGACAGUACCACUGCUAAUGCUGCAGUAGGAUCUCAGUUUCAAUUCGAACGUAUGGGGUAUUUUUGCGUAGAUAGAGAUUCCACCAGAGAUAAGUUGGUAUUUAACCAGAUCAUAAAACUUCGCGAAGAUUUUACAAAGGAAUAG